AUGGGUAUUCUUACUAAUUUGUAUGAAACAUUAGCCACCCAGGGUCGCCUGGAAUUAUUGCUUACUCUUGGUAUGUAUGAUGAACGAGUUUAUGAAGUUGUUGAACGGCAUCAUCUAACAGAUAAGAUUAUAGACAUGUUACCAUCACCACAAGCGGCGAUGUUUCUCUCACGUGGUAUGGCAUAUGAUUGUAUUAAUGAGGAAGUUAUUCGAAAUUUUAUUAAAAUUUGUAUGAUGUUAUCACGAUAUAAAACAGUUGAAGAAGGUGCAAGUCUUGCAGAACUUAUUGGAAAUUGUGGAGUUCCAGAACAAUAUCGUAUGAAUAUGUUUAACUUUAGUGAGACAUACCGUCAUAUGAUAUUGUCAAAAUCAUACUUUCCACAACGAUCAGUGUUAAAACUUUUAGCAUACAUUUUUUGUGAUGAUAUUUUAACUGAUGCAGUGGCUCAACUUCAAUACAAAUCCGAUAUUUUGAAUCACGUAAAUAAGGUAUUUGUUGAUACUCCAGAUUUUGUUUCAUGGCGUUUUUCUGUACGAGUUAUGUCUCUAGCUGGUGGAUUUAAUGAAGAUCGUAGUGAUGUAGAAUAUACAGAAGCUCUUACUCGUCUGGUAACACGCACUAUUCCAGAGUUUUUUCUAUACUUUACUGUUACCUUUGUAUACGCCAUGUUUCGUCAUUACCCACGACGUGUGCGUGGUAUUAUUCCACGUUGGUUGGCACGUCAACGAGCUCUUUUCUCUGGUGUGUACUGUGGUUUGUUGGGAAUUUAUGUGAAUUCAAUUCUGGAGUAUCGUGUUCAUCGUCACCGCAUGUUGUAUGAAGUACGAAAGAGUCAAGAGUUCCGUCGUCGCCGCGGGGCAAAGAGACGUGGAACGGAAUAUAUACAAAAUACAUACUUUGAUAACCUUGAGGGAGUUACGCGUCGUAUUCACUCUAUGCAGUGUACGGCUUAUACAAUAACGGGAGGGGCAUUGUUGCUUUCACUAUUGCCUCUCACACCAAUAAAGUUUCCCAAAUGGAUGGGAGAUGUGGCGUGGCGACAUCCAUUCGUUCCCCGUCUUUUUCCAACAGUUUUGGGAAUGCACUCGGCAUCACGGUGUUUAGUACCAUUUGUGUUUGCGCCCUUUACGAUACUCACAGCGGCACGAUUUAAUGGCGCAGGAGCCACACUGUACGAUCGCUACGUGGAGUUUAGAAUGCGAUUAUGGUAUCGUAAGGUUGAAGUGGCGUUUGACACAUCAACAAAUGUUGCUGAGGUUGAUAUCACGAAGGAACAGCAACGAAAAACGAUUUAG